AGUUCUAUGGAGCUCAAGGAGAACACCGUCAUCGUUGUUCUCGGUGCUUCCGGAGAUUUGGCAAAGAAGAAGACUUACCCUGCUCUCUUCGGUCUGUACCGAAACCAGUUCCUCCCCAAGGACAUCAAGAUUGUCGGAUAUGCACGGACAAAGAUGGACCACGAUGAUUACAUCCGCCGUAUCAGAUCCUACAUGAAGACACCCACGAAGGAGAUUGAGCAGCAGCUCAACGACUUCUGCAACCUCUGCACCUACGUUUCUGGCCAGUACGACAAGGACGAGUCAUUCCAGAACCUGACCAGGCACCUUGAGGAGCUUGAGCAGGGCAAGCCUGAGACUCACCGUCUCUUCUACAUGGCACUUCCCCCCAGUGUCUUCACCAUUGUCUCCCAGCACCUCAAGAGAUGCUGCUACCCCACUAAGGGAAUUGCGCGCGUUGUUAUUGAGAAGCCCUUUGGUAAGGAUCUUGCCAGCUCUAGGGAGCUUCAAAAGUCCCUUGAGCCCGACUGGAAGGAAGAUGAACUCUACCGCAUUGACCACUACCUCGGCAAGGAAAUGGUCAAGAACAUCCUUAUCCUCCGUUUUGGUAACUCUUUCUUCGGCUCCACCUGGAACAGGCAGAACAUCGACAACGUUCAGAUCACCUUCAAGGAGCCCUUCGGUACCGAGGGUCGCGGCGGUUACUUUGACGAGUUCGGUAUCAUUCGUGAUGUCCAGCAGAACCAUUUGCUCCAGGUCCUUACCCUGCUCGCCAUGGAGCGCCCCAUCUCCUUCGCCUCGGAAGACAUCCGUGACGAGAAGGUGCGCGUUCUCCGCGCCAUGCCCGCCAUCGAGCCUAAGAACGUUAUUAUUGGACAAUACGGCAAGUCAUUGGACGGCAGCAAGCCGUCGUACAAGGAAGACGAUACUGUCCCCAAGGACUCGAGAUGCCCCACCUUCUGCGCCCUCGUCGCAUACAUCAAGAACGAGCGCUGGGAUGGCGUUCCUUUCAUCAUGAAGGCCGGCAAGGCCCUUAACGAGCAGAAGACUGAGAUUCGUAUCCAGUUCAAGGACGUUACCUCAGGAAUCUUUAAGGACAUUCCCCGCAACGAGCUUGUCAUGCGCAUUCAGCCCAACGAGAGUGUCUACGUCAAGAUGAACUCUAAGCUGCCUGGUCUCAGCAUGCAGACUGUCGUCACCGAACUUGACUUGACCUACCGCCGCCGCUUCUCUGACCUCAAGAUCCCCGAGGCUUACGAGUCAUUGAUUCUGGACUGCCUGAAGGGCGACCACUCCAACUUCGUCCGUGACGACGAGCUGGACGCCAGCUGGAGAAUCUUCACCCCUCUGCUGCACUACCUGGACGACAACAAGGAGAUUAUCCCCAUGGAGUAUCCCUACGGAUCUCGUGGCCCUGCUGUCCUCGACGACUUCACCUCCUCCUAUGGCUACAAGUUCAGUGAUGCGGCAGGAUACCAGUGGCCUACUACCUCUGCUCAGGCUGCCCCGAACAAGUUGUGAGUAACACGAUGUGCGCGCCUUAGCGUAGCUAUCAUACAUAGAAGAAUUGAUUCUAAAGGAUGUGUAUGAGCAGUUGAGCAACCCCCGCCCCCAACCCCAUUACACCAACAACCAAAAACCACACUUUCGGCCAAUGCACCCGCGAUAUCCUCUGCGCCGCCUAUAGCAUGCGCAACGUAUUAUAACCAUCGAAGGGAGGGCAUAGAUUUCAAAUGAAGACGACAUAAACAAGGGAAGCCAGGAGGAAAGCCCACGGGUGGACACUGGUAGGACGAUGGACAUUUCUUCGCUUUGCUUGGCCGGUUCAGAGAGGAUAGAAAAUCAAUGAGAUUCACGUUUCUAAUGAUCAAAACGUAUUGCUAAGACCUACUAUGAUUUG